GGUUUCAUUCCUUACAGUUUUUACACACACACACACACACACACACACACACACACACACACACCUUAUUUCUUAAUUUCUCAAGUACUGCAAAAUAUACAAAUUUAUAACCGUUUCCUCGUGCGCUCCGGAUACAUGCGCGCGCCCCAGGCAGCUGCGGGACACCUCCCAAACCUCUCCGCAGGCACAAUAGUAUCCCGACUACACUAACCACGACAACCUGUGGUGGAGUUUUCACACUAUUUAGCUCGUGAGUGUGCGGUUUUGGAUGGUUCCGCGGAUCUCUGCUCUGAUUGGUGGAAGCAGUGCUACGUGGACAUAAGACAGAAACAGGUAAGCGCGCAUGUGACCGUUAUCGCUUCAUUGUAUUAAGAAAACGGCCAGUGACUUCCAGCUCUGCUCUGAGGGAAGCCUUAAUGAGUGCUCCUCUUUAACUUCGUGGCAUUGGCUGUCAGGGACUUUUAGAGCACUUGUGUACAAUUCAGCUUCACGAAUUCUCCCUGAAAAGUCACAUGACCAGAGCCACACCGCGUCUCACUGAUGCUGAGCCUGUGCAGACCAUGAGACACUUUGCAAGGCCUGCACGGUGGUGUGGGUGAUUUAAGCAUGAAGUCUAAAGGAAAGGGCUCAAAGAGGAGGCAGCACUCAUGGGCUGAACAGGAGCAUGCUGACCUGCAGCUGGAUGUAGAGCCUGGCUCCAGUGAACAGGAGGGAUCCGAGGCCUCUCUCCCUCUGGGGGCAUCAUGGCGGGCAUCGGGCAUCGAGGGCCGUGCCAGAACAAGGAUGGGCACACGCCGUCGCCGAUGCCAACACAGCAGCACCAAGGAGCGUAACGUGCGCAGGCUGGAGAGCAACGAGAGAGAGCGGCAGAGGAUGCACAAACUAAACAAUGCAUUUCAGGCCCUGCGGGAGGCCAUUCCGCAUGUCCGAAUGGACAAAAAGCUCUCCAAGAUCGAGACUCUCACACUGGCCAAGAACUACAUCAAAGCCUUGACUACCAUCAUCCUGGGCAUGUCCGAUGCCUGCCUGCCCCACGUGGACACUCAGCAGCACCUGGAAGAUGAGGGCCACAGUGAUCUGGUCAAGUACCUGGACCAAAUCCGCAGCUUCAGCCACAGCAGCUAACACCAGCUCCGGCCACUGUAGCAUCCAGAGCACUGGAAAGUGUUCUCAAGACUGUGCACAGUGAUGCCAAUGAGGAACUCUGAGACUUGGGCUCUGAGACGGGCUUACAGAGGAAGCAAAAGUCCCAUUUUGGUUUGAAAAGAUUACUUUGUGUUAAAUAGUAUGCAAUGCUGAACUGUAUCCAUUCCCACUGUGCCAUAAUAAAGCACAUAUUCCUUAUUCAUACAGGGACCAAUUGGGUAAAAAAAAAAAAAAAAAUGAAUCCGGCACAUGAGAGAGUAUAUAAUGACACGCAUACAAAAGCCUUACUUACAGUGAUUGACAGAGAAUUACAGUAAUGGAGAAGAAAACUUUAAGGAAAAUUUAAAGUCACAUUUAUUGAAAGGGCACAUGUCAUGCAUACAUUAACACUGGGGAGUGUUUGAGUGUACCUAACAAAUACAGUUUUUUUGUUACACCAUAAUUGAUCUUUUUACAGUUCAUCAUUCCAUAUAUCGCAGGAGUUCAACUGUAAACUGUACAAAGCUUUUUAUUUGUGUCCAUUUUACCAGAAACAGCAUUGAAGUUGUUUUUAUUUUUUGUGUCUCGAUAUAUUUAAUGAAUUUAUUUUUAUUUAUAUUUUUCCACACAUAAUGCCCUAAAACCAUACUUACCAUAAAGAGAAACCACAUUUCACCUGCCAGCAUAAAAGUCUCAUUAAUAUGACCAUGAUCAUACAGCAGCAUUGGCCAUAAUGAAAGUCUUAAAAAAUAAAAAUUCUCCAAGAUCUCAUUUGUGCUGCCUUUGGAACAAUACAGAUCGUUUUCUGUUAGUCAUUUCGAUGAAACAUAUACAUAUAUGAAAUUUUAAGAGCUUUGGGAUUCCUGAGAAAAGUAAAACGUCCCUAUCAUUGUCUAACUGCUAAGUAUUGCACAAGUAUCGAUGACGCCACUACAGUAAGCUUACAGAUAACGGCCAACCUAAUGUGUGAUGCUUUAUUUUACAAGCAACCAGCUGACAGUUCUUCGUAAAGCUUCUCCAGGACAGGAUGUUGCUCCGGUUUUAAUGUUGAAUGCUUAGUAGGAAAUGAAUGUUGCCAGCAGUCAGUGAACUUGUACGAUCUAACUCUGAUCUCUGUCGCUUUUUUCUUUUCACACUGGUAAAAUGGCCUCGUCUGUAAAUGUGUGUGCUUUGUUUGUGAUGUCUUCAACUGCAGAGUACCUUGUGAAGUCUACACUAAGCCCUGAACACACUGUAUUAUUUACUACUAAAAUCAAAUAAAGAAACGUAAUACAAAA